AUGGUGAUUGAAAGUAAGUUAACACCUGAUGUGAAAAAAGAUCUGAUUACACGUAAUCUUCAAGAAGUUCUAGGAGAAGAUAGAUUGCUGAAUCUACUUAAAGAAAGAGAAUUAAAGAUUUAUUGGGGCACUGCUACAACUGGCAAACCUCAUAUUGCAUAUUUUGUUCCUAUGUCGAAAAUAGCUGACUUUUUAAAAGCUGGAUGUGAAGUUACUAUAUUGUUUGCUGAUCUCCAUGCAUAUCUUGAUAAUAUGAAAGCACCUUGGGACUUGCUAGCAUUGAGAACAUCAUACUAUGAAAAUUCAAUAAAAGCAAUGCUUACAUCCAUUGGAGUUCCCCUUGAUAAGUUAAAAUUUGUUCGAGGCUCAGAAUAUCAAUUGUCCAAAGAGUACACAUUAGAUGUUUAUCGUUUAAGCUCAAUUGUAACUGAACAUGAUGCAAAAAAAGCUGGUGCAGAAGUAGUUAAACAAGUUGAACAUCCUUUGUUAUCUGGUUUGCUAUAUCCAGGCUUACAAGCUUUAGAUGAGGAAUACUUGCAUGUUGAUGCACAGUUCGGAGGAGUUGAUCAGAGAAAAAUAUUUACUUUUUCUGAAAAAUAUUUACCCCAGCUUGGAUAUGCCAAAAGAAUUCAUUUUAUGAAUCCAAUGGUUCCUGGACUCACUGGAAGUAAAAUGUCAUCUUCAGAAGAAGAUAGCAAGAUAGAUUUGUUAGAUCCUCCAGCUGCAGUUAAAAAAAAGCUUAAGAAAGCAUUCUGUGAACCAGGGAACAUUGAAAAUAAUGGUGUUUUGGCAUUCACAAAACAUGUUAUUUUCAGCCUUUUUAAACCAGAUGAAAAAUUUAUUAUUCAACGUGAGGAAGCCAAUGGUGGUAAUGUUGAAUUUCAAAACUAUAAUGACCUCGAAGCAUAUUUUGCUGAAGAAAAACUGCAUCCUGCUGAUUUAAAAGCAGCUGUAGAAGUGCAUAUCAAUAGAUUACUAGAACCUAUUAGAAAAGCAUUUGAUUCUCCUGAAUUGAAGAAACUUGUUGCUAAUGCCUAUCCAGCUCCUAGUAAAAAUAAGACAAAUACUGCUGGAGGAGAAAAUGAAAUAGGUCCUCAAAAGUUGGAUAUUCGAAUUGGAAAAAUAGUGGAAAUUUCUCGUCACCCUGAUGCAGAUGCUUUAUAUGUUGAAAAAAUAGAUUUAGGCGAAACUACUCCUAGGAUUGUUGUUAGUGGACUUGUAAAAUAUGUUCCUGAAAAUGAAAUGUUAAAUAGGCUUGUAGUUGUAUUAUGUAAUCUGAAACCAGCCAAAAUGAGAGGAAUAGAAUCCUGUGGUAUGGUUUUAUGUGCAUCUCAUGAAGAUGCAAAUGGUAAAACAAUUGAAGUUUUGGAUCCUCCUGCUGAUUCAAGUCCUGGUGAUCGAGCUUACUUUGAAAAUUAUGAAAAUAGUCCUGAGUCUCCACCAGAUACAGUUUUAAACCCAAAGAAGAAAAUAUGGGAGAAGCUGCAGGUGGAUUUCAAAACAACUUCUAAUUGUGAAGCUGCUUGGCAAGGUAACAUUUUGGUUACUGGAAAAGGAAAGAUAACUUGUAAAACAUUAAAGAAUAUUUCCAUAAAAUAA